AUGAGAAAUUUGAAGAAGGAAGGCUCUAAGAAGGCCUCUCACAAUGAACCUACCCUCAGUAUACUAACUGAAGCUGGAGAGAUCAGCGUUUCCGUAUUCGGGUCCCUCUUAGGUUUCCUUGCUCUGACAAGUGCAAGCACCAAGCCUAGAGGCUGGUCCCGAGUGUCGAAACUGCUGGGACCUAAACGCGUAUCAUGUGACGGAGGAAAGGAAACCAAUGAAGUGCAAGGCUUGGAUGCCCUCGUGCUCUCCCUCAGAUCGAGCAAAGACAUCAAUAAUCAAGUAGGCUAUUUGUCAAAGCGAUUGGAGGAACUAGAGGCGAGCAUUCAAGAAAUUGAGGAUGAGUUGGAAUGCAUUUUCAGGCGCCUGGUGAAAUUGAGGGUUUCCCUUCUCAACAUUGUUAACCACUAG